AAGAAGAAGAAGACAGUUUUUAUCUGUAGUUUUUACGUAAACUAAACAUAAUUUUGAAAAUUUUUUAAUUAGAAUUAUGGGUAGACACGUACUUAUUGGCGGUGGUUCCGGAUUUAUAGGUUCACGUUUGUCCAAAUAUUUAUUGCAUCAAAAUUAUGAAGUGACUGUAGUUUCACGUAUGCCAGGCCACAAAAGUAUCACAUGGCACCAAUUGGAAAGUCAGGGCUUACCUAAAGGUGUUACGUCAGUGGUAAAUUUGGCCGGACAAAAUGUUUUAGAUCCUACUCAUCGUUGGACCGAAAGCUUUAAACAAAACGUUUGGAAUUCUCGGAUUAAUACUAGUGCUAACAUGGUGAAAGCUGUAGAAAGAUCUGGUGAUGUAGAUGCUUACAUCAAUAUUGUCGGUGUCAGUCAUUAUAAACCUGAUGAUCUAAAAGUUUACACUGAAUGCGAUCGAGUUGAAGGCUACGAUUUUAUGUCAAAUUUGUGUUUAGAAUGGGAAAAAGCAGCCACUCUCCCGGAAGACAUCGCUAAAAAAACUAGGAUGGUAAAAUUGAGAACUGGCGUAGUAAUAGGUCGAGAAGGUGGCAUGAUUCAAUCUAUAUGGUUACCGUUCAUGUUAGGCGUCGGCGGUCCCAUGGGUAGCGGAAAACAAAUUUUACCAUGGAUUCAUUUAGAAGAUCUAUGUCGUCUGAUUCAACACUGCCUAGAAAAUGAGAAGUGUACUGGAGCAUUUAAUGCUGUUGCACCUGAAAUCGUAACCAACGAACAAUUUUCAAAAGCUUUUGCUUCAGCUUUACAUCGACCGUGCCUGUUUAAUGUGCCGGAAUUUGCGGUAAAUCUUUUAUUUGGAAACGAUCGAUCAGCUUUAUUGUUAAAGGGAGCUAAAAUCCAACCAGAAAACGCAUUAAAUACUGGUUUCAAGUUUAAUUAUCCUACUGCCAAGGCUGCGUGUUUAGAAGUGUUAAAAAAAUCAUAAUUAUUUCUUUUUUACAGUUAAAUGUUUACUUUCUCUUAUUUAUUUACUAUUAACACAAGCUAUACUAAUUCGUUGCGGCUGUUUAUUGUCCUGUUAGGCGUAACUGUUAUUAUAUUUAUUGUAAAAUGAUCCCAGCUUAUUGCUGGUCUUUCUGUUUGCUUUCAGCAGCGUUUUAAGAUUAGUUGCUAUCAUAUUAAUAGCAACCGGCAGGUGUUGACUGAUUCCGCUUUCUCGUGUUGGAAAUGAAUAUGUUCUACAUAUUUUUUGAUCCUCUCCAUGCUAAUGUCGAAUACACAAUACCUGUGCAUGUGCCUAAGCAUGAAAAUUUCUGAAAGUUUCGUACACAUCUGUCUCCGAAUCAGAUUGCACUUGUAAUAAAUGAAGCGCGAAUGCAAUUCUGUGGAAAGCUAUAAAGUCGGGCAGAUACUACGUAAAUGUAUUCAAAAGGAUAGUAGAUUUGAUACUUUCAAAUGGGCUUUAAAGGCAUGAAAAAAAUGCCCGCUUAUUCCUCCUUAGUAAUUUUGCUAUGAGAGUGAAAGGGAGACCCUAUAAAGUAUCGAUCAGACACUUUGCUUUAUUUAAUUGUUUAUACAUUGAUAUCUAUUUUAAUGGUAUUAUGAAAUAAAAAA